GCACUUUCUGCAGCCUUAAAUCCUCCAGGUCCAUGUGCACCCUCAACUGUACAUGUCCGAAUCUCCAUCCAGGAAAAUCUUAUUGCUAUAUAGCACAUACUGAGGCCUCUCGCGAAUAUUAGAUUUGCUGAUUGGGGAUCGAACGACCCGAGAGUCAAUGUUUCAACCUCGAUCGUGAACUUCUCACGCACGUUGGGACGCGUACACGAGACUGUGUUCGACCUCCAUAUACCGACUAACACGACGUGACCGUGGAUAGGACCUAUAGAGUACGAAAGAGAUGGAGCCUUAUACUCCUCGACGACGGAAGAAGAAUUUGACGUUGUCGACGAAGGAGUACACGAAGGUAUGGACGAUAGCAUCUGUUCGGAGAACGCAUCAGUAUGUCGAAGACGGAUAUGAAGAGGACCCUGGAGUGUUUUCUGCAUCACCCGAAGAAACAUCCUUCUACGCGGAGACAUCGUUCGUGCGCGCUCCGCUCAACUCACGAGACAAGAGCAAGGGCAAGGGCAAGACGAAGGCGAAGGAGAGCUUCGAGGGUGUCCCUCUUGAGGUACAAGAGGCGCUUGUCUUGGAGGACCUCUUAUUUGUUCUGAUGGCGAUUGAGGGUGUAUAUGUCACUCAGCUUCCUGACUACUCCCCAGAUGACGAGGACCCAUUGCAAGGGAUAGCUUUCGUCGUGUCUCCCUCAUUAAACCCUUCGUUGCGUGACCUCGUCGAACGCAUUUUACCAUUUGCAACAUACUACACUGCUGUGACCUCCUUCAUCGAGCUACGGAGCCAUUCAGACUUUGGACUUGUGAAUCAUGUGCUAUGCGCUGCCAUGCGCGACAUGCUCAAACACCUCCUCCUCAUUCACCCUGCAGAAGCUCUGUUCUACGUGCACCCCAUCCUGCACACCCUCUCUUUACUUUAUCUCCUCACUACUGAGCUCGCGAGAGCAGAUGGCACCUCCGAUGCGCAGUCUGAGUCAGAGUCUGAGAGCUCAGUUGACAGCGAGGAGGCAGUGUGCAACGAGGCACUCGGGCUCGGCGGCGCGAAGCUCAAGGCAAUGCGCAGCGAGAUCAACAAGGGCGUGGAUGAAGGUGCGAGCGCAACCCCAGUGAAGGGCGGCGAGCCAUAUAUCGAGAUGCUGCAGGCUUGGAUACUGAUGGGCCGGCUGGUUGACCCGUAUGAGGAGUUGUGCGUCAAGGAGAGCAAGUUCGUUGAUCGUGAAAUGCUCGAGGUGGACUAUACGGAUGAGUACUGGGAGCGGCGAUAUACCGUAAAUCAUAUUGACAUGUAUAUAUGGUCUCGAGACGGCUCGACAAUCGGUGGAUCGUCCCAAACCGCCGGAGUGCCUCCACCACGUACUCCAGGCGGUCGCUUACCUGGGGGCGCCUGUAAUUGGAAGCAUAAGAUGCUCCUCGCCGGGAAGUACCUGAACGUCAUCCGGGAAUGUGGUAUUGAGAUCAGGCGUUAUUCAAACCAAGCCGAUGACGAUCUGUCCUUGGACAAUGAGAAAUUAGACAAAUCGAUGGAUGAGGCGUACACUCACGCGAAUCACACUCUGCUAGAGCUGCUCCUGCGGGACCAGCAGCUAAUUCCGCGGCUGCGCUCCUCCAAACGGUUGUUCUUCCUCUCGCAGUCGACGUUCAUCACACAUCUCCUUGACCUCUCACACUCGGAGCUACGCAGACCCGCGAAGGGCGCAUCGCUUGUGAAGUUGCAGAGCCUGCUCGACCUCGUGCUCAACACAAACACGCAGGGUGAGGAUGCGAUGUUCCGUGAGGACGUAUGUGUCACGAUGGCGAUGAGCGGGCUGUAUGAAUGGCUGAUAGAUGUACUGCGGAAGCAUGGAAGCAUCUGGCUAACGGGUAUGGGCUACACUGUCAAGUUCCCGCUCUCGCUCGUUAUCUCGCGCAAGACCGUCCUGCGCUACCAGCUCAUCUUCCACUUCCUAUUGCAUCUCAAACACGUCGAGCAGAUGCUCACGAGCAUGUGGCUCGAGCAGAAGAUGCCCAUAUGGCACCGCACGCCCCCCCGCGAGCGAGUGGGGUGUGCAGCUGGAAGAACUGGCGCAAGCGCGCGUUCCUGUUGCGGGCGCGCAUGCUUGCGUUCAUGCAACAACAUACUGGCAUUCACGACGUUCGAGGUACUCGAGCCGAACUGGCGCAAGCUCGAAGGAAAACUCGAGGCGCGAAAGGUGGAGACGGUCAACCAGCUUCUGAAGGAGCACGUGGACGUUUUGGAUACAUGCCUGAAGGAGUGCAUGCUGAACAGUUCGAGGCUUCUUGGUGCAUAUUCGCGCCUCAUGACGACGUGCCUCAUAUUUGCGCUGUAUGCCGCUUCAUUCACGAAGUCGUUAAACGGCGCAUUCGCUUCGGAGAAACUCACGGUGCCAGUCAAUGGAGAUUGA